CAGACGCAGCAAUCAGGCUUUGUGUCGACGAGUGUGUUAAAAUGGAGCACAUAUUCCUCCUGUUGUUGUUGGUUUCCACAGGUCUGUGCGCUGGGAAUUACAGCCACCUGGGGACUGCAGGGAGCAUGGCCGUCUGUCAGCCUGACACCUGCGCCCUGCUCAGCGAGGUGGCAGCCAUGAGGGAGAGGCUAACAGCCGCCACGGAGACACAGAGCAGCCUACAGCAAAACCUGGGGAACAUGAUGCAGCAGAUGGCCACCGUGCAAGCCAACCUGCAGGCCUACAAAACCCAGGCGGCGGAUCUCAUAAAGAUAAACCAGGCCCAGGAUGAGAAGCUGAAGGCGCUCGCGGACUCUUCAUCUGCAACCACAGUGAAGAUGGCUUUCAGCGCCGCUCUAGGAAGCACAGCGGGUCCGUUUGAGAAAGACACACCGCUGCAGUAUCAGAGGAUCCUCUCCAACAUGGGCAGCGGCUACAACCCCGCUACGGGUAUCUUCACCGCCAUGGUCCGGGGGAUGUACUACUUCAGCUACACCAUGUACAACAACAACUCCGGGCAGCCCAACUCGGUGCUGUCCCUGAUGAUGAACAGCCAGAAGAUGGUGUCCACGUGGGACACUGAGGGCGACGACAGCCAGGACAGCGCCACCAACGCGGCGGUGGUGCAGCUGGAGGCCGGGGACAGCGUGUUCGUGCAGCUCUAUGCAAACAGAGUCCUCUACGACGACGGCUACUACUACAACACCUUCAGCGGCUUCAUGCUCUUCACCAUGUGAGGCGUUAUUUGAUGGACGAUAAGUAAAUUAUGCGAGAGGACAGGUGGCUAAUUUGUCCAAAUAUAUUGUAAAAUCUUGUUUGUAAAUUUAAUUUUGGAUGAUUUGAUGACUUAAAUGCCCAUACGUGUAGAAAGAAGAAAAGUUCUCAUGACCUGAUUUAAAUGUGUAGUGGUUGAAACUUACCAAAGAGAUUGGGUGAGUCUUCAACUUUGUCCAUGGUAUCUGUGGAGGAAAACAGAGGAGUGGCUCAGCUUUUCAGCCUCUCAGUAUUCUGAUCCGUACAGCAAGCAUGUGCUCUCAAAAUGAUAAGCUAAAAUACCAUUUAAUGGUUUGUAAAAUCUUGUGUAAUGCAACCGAAGGGCACAGAAUAAACUUGUGGCAAAAACAGCAGGAAAGGUAGCUCGGAGAUGAAGGGAAAAAAAGGAAAUCAAUGAGAGCAGACUUCCAUUAAUCCUCAGCAUGCAGCCUCAUGAUUCCUGGUCAUGUCAAAUUAUAUAGCAGGAGAGAUUAAAUGCUUCUGUUCACUUGCAGAGUUUUCGACUCGUUCUCUGAGAUGUCGUGAAUCAAGAAUCAAAGAUUUGCUGCUGUAAUUGAAUUAGAGACGCAUUAUAUUGAGCUUUCCUCUGUUGUAGAAAUGCUAGUAGGGUGUAUGCGGAACCAUUUAAUACAGUUUAUAUCGGUGUAUGUAUUUAUCAAUCAUGAAUAAAGCAACUAUUGAUUUAAA